UUUUACAGCAGUACAGUGAAUUACAAUAAUAGAACAUGGCCAGAUAGCUGUUUUUCGAUCGAUCUCUGCAAAUCUACGGUUGCUGUCGGCGCUUUAGGAGACGUACGAAUAUAUCAGUACAUACACACGGAAGAUGAAGUAAUGACAGCAACAGAUACAGUCCAAAUUGAAAUGGGAAGUGUCGAGUUAGUUGAAGUGACGUUGUGGGUAGAUCAAAUAGUUGCAUCCGAUAGUCUGAAGUACAUUUCUCCAGCACGUCGAAAGUGUAUCUAUCAUCAUGAAAGUUCGUCCUAUUUCAAGCUACAUACGCCUAAUUUGUGUAAAAUUGACUGCCGAAUUAAGAAGGCGCUGGAAAUGUGCAGAUGUAUUCCCUUUUUCUAUAACAUACCUAACCUAGUCAAAUGCAAUGCUUCUGGAAUGGUUUGUCUGUCUAGGAAAUUCCAUUAUUGGUACGACGGCAGCUGCAAUUGCGUAGAGCAAUGUGAGUCGACAAAAUUCACACAAAGAUCGAUCAAAGUUACGAAACCCGAUGCUCAGCUUAACAGUCAACUGUCGGUUGAAAUGCUUUUCUCAAAGAAACGUAUGAAAAGAAGCGUUCUCUUCAGUUUAAGCGAUCUUAUUGCGCGUUCCGAGUCGAAAAGUCGAACAGAGAUGCCAGCUUCAAAUGCUUUGUGA